AUGCAGAAUGGAAGGAUUGAGGACUCCCAGAUAACGGCUUCAACUAUUCACGGUGCAGGUCUAUCAACAACACAAGGACGGUUGAAUGGCCAGUCAUCCUGGUCUGCACUUCGAAAUGACCAGAACCAAUGGAUUCAAGUUGAUCUUGGCAGAGAAGAAGUUGUCACAGCGAUUGGUACGCAAGGCCGGCGUAAUCAUCCCCAAUGGGUAGAUACUUAUUCAGUGUCUUAUGGUUUCAAUGGAAGUGCGUUCGAGCCUUACAAACUUAAUGGUGUUGUUAAGGUUAGAAAUAAUAAUUGUGGUUUUUGAACGUUGUUAAGGAAGGCUAAAGGCCCAUUUCCACUCGGAAAAUUUUCCGCGGAAAGAAAAUUUUGUGAAAUUUGAUUGGCCGACACAAAUUUUCCGUCUGAAAAAAAUUUUCAAGGUGAAAAUUUUCAACUUUUAACAAUGACAUUUUCGGAAAAUUUUCUGUCCGUGGAAAGUUAUCUUGAGUGAAAAUGCACGGGCCUUAAGGAAAGCCAAAGAAAUCUACAUGCAAGGAGAAAAUGUUCUUGAGUGAAAUAUUUCAUAUUUUCCAGAUCGCGCUAGCAGAAAAUUGUUCCCGCCCCCAGGUCGGAUUUCGAAUCCGCGACUUUCAUGUUACUAGACGAUGCUCUACCAGGUCGCAUCGAAAACUGGAAUCAAUGAACUCUACACUUAAUGUCGUAAACAUACUCGUUUGUCCUUUCCCUGCUGAUAAUUUCAGCAAAUAUAGAAAAAAUAUUAUUCCGAAUAAGGAGUGCAUAUUAAUAUUAACACAUAAUUUAUAAAAAAACUGUAUAGUAAUAUUAUGCACUCCUUAUUCGGAAUAAUUUUUGUUCUAUAUUCGUUUAUAUUAAUCAAAUAUAAACGAGUAUAUUUAUGAUUUUCAGUAUAAUCUGAUUUGGCUUAAUUUUCGAAAGCCCUGCACCAGGCCGACUUUUUCAUUAAUUAAAGUAGGAAACAAAAUUCUGGUCUGGUCUGGUCGGUCUAGCAAUCAAAUUAAAGCGCAGUUAGUCCUUAUGAAGUUUAUCUAGUGUUUACGUAAUCAUAUUAUGUUUAGUAAAUCAUGUUUUGAUUACUUAGUUAGUAACAAACUGGAAGACGUUAAAAGUUUGCGCAAGUUACUACCUUUUGUGUAUUAUUUCAUAAACAGGUAUUCAGUGGAAAUAAUGACCAGCAGUCUGUCGUUACAAAUUCCUUUUCUCCUCCAAUAACUGCCCGUUAUAUUCGUAUUCAACCAAUCAAUUGGUAUGGUUAUAUAUCCAUGAGAUUUGAAGUUUAUGGCUGUUCUACAGGUAAAAGAUUCAACAUUAUGUAUUGUUAUAUUUAUAGCUAGUGCUUGUGAUAUAUAUAUAUAUAUAUAUAUAUAUAUAUAUAUAUAUAUAUAUAUAUAUAUAUAUAUAUAUAUAUAUAUAUAUAUAUAUGUGAUUUGCUAUUUUUUUGUUACUUUCAUGGGUUUAGGUAAACGCUGUAUAAAGACAAAUGAAUGCAUCUUGUCGGGGAAUAAGUGAAAAAAUGUUGCGCGUUGCGACCGGCAACGUCAAUAAAUGUAUUUAAUGAAAUGUCGAAGGUUUAUAAAAGUAACGUUUCUCCACUUUAAGAAAAAAAAACGAAUAGAAAGAUAUAUAAUGAAACUUUCGUUGGUAGGUCGAAAAUAAAGAAUUUGUAUUACAACUAUACCCAAUAGCAUAUAGUUGAAAACAAAAGUGUUAUUAGAAGCUUAUUAAUUUUAUUCAGAAAUAGUUUCAAAGAAUAUCUCAACACACUACAGCAUGCUAGAAAAAAUUUUGUGGCCUCUUUGUGUUUGCAGAAAUUCAAAUUCGUCGGUUAAGUUACCGGAGAAACCAAUGCGUGAAAAACACUGUCCACCUCCCAAGUAUAUGCUAAUUGUCGAUGUGUACUGUUUUCUGGUAUCGAGUACCAGAUCGAGUACCAGUAGCCGAUUCUCUUUUUGUAUUCAAUAUUUUCACCAAUUCUCUUACUUUAAUAGACAAUUCCCAUUAUAAACUAAUUUUUUAUCUUGGCAAAAAAGGUAUAUUCCCCGAAAGAGCAUACUAAAGUGAAAUUGCAAGGUGUGGUUGCGAAAUGUUGUAAAAUAUAGCCUUACAAAGUUCGCAAGUUUUGUAUAUUUUGUAUUGCGUGCGGAAAUUGCUACGUACCACAUGUGCAGGGCGAAAAUGGUAGCAAUCCACGCAAGCAAUACAAAAGUAUACAAAAUUUGCAAAUUAUGUAAGCCUAUAUUUUCCGUAUUUUACAACAUUUUGCAACUAAACUUUGCAAUUUACUCAAUUCUAGUAUGCUCUUUCUAGCUGUGGUGACUUAUUCGCGCGCAUCUCCUUGCCUAGUUCAAAAAUUAGUCUAUAAUGGGAAUUGUCUAUUAAUCUUUAUUAUUUUUCCAUUGACCCCUCUCCUUUCAUAUUUUGUUGCGAAAAACUAGCUUUGGGAUGUUCAAUAUAUUUUGGUGGUAAUUGGCAUGAAGUUAUAAUACAUUUGUUAUACGUGUAGGACCGUGCAAGUCUGGUGAAGCGGCAUUUGGAAUGCAGAAUGGAAUGAUUCAGGACUCCCAGAUAACGGCUUCAAGUAUUCACGAUGCAACUUCAUCAACAACAAAAGGACGGUUGAAUCGCGCGCCAUCCUGGUCAACCAAACCAAAUAAUGAGAACGAAUGGAUUCAAGUUGAUCUUGGCAGAGAAGGGGUUAUAACAGCGAUUGCCACGCAAGGUCGGGGUGUUCAGUAUGCCCAAUGGGUGAUGACUUAUUCCGUGUCUUAUGGUUCCAAUGCAAAUGCGCCUGAACCUUACAAAAUUGAUGGUGUUGUUAAGGUUAGAAAUUCUAAGGAGAAAAUAUUUUCGAGUGAAAUGUUUCAUAAUUUCCUGACCUCGCAAGCAGAAAAUAGAGAGUUUAAGUUUCGCGUUAUACGUCAAACGCAGGGGCGAAACUUGAGGGGGUGAAUGGGUGAGGUGACACCCUCCCACCAAAAAUACGAAUCAAUUUUUGGGAAAAAUAGUGGCCCGAAAAAAACAAAAUUGCAGCAGGGCAUGCAACAUAGGCAUUCGCUGGGCAAUUCUGCCAGACACUCCCCGAAUUAAAAGGGGCUAGUUUCGCCCCUGUUCAAACGGCAAACGCCAGGCGAAGAAAAAUUUACGGCAUCAGGUAAUAAAGAGUAAAUGAACUUGCUGUUUUAAAACUGCAAUUCAUGAUUAUACUUUCGACACAAGAAAGAAAAUAUGAAACGAAAACGUUCAACGAAACUUUUGCCAAGAAAGUUCGAACCUGCCACUGGCCGUUCUCGGAAACGUGAAGCUUAAACUCCCUAAUUCUUUUCAACCCCGGCCGCAUUUUGAAUCCGCGACCUUCAAAUUCAUUACUGGAUGAUGCUCUACCAAUUAAACUGCACGGUCAAGACGGAUCGAAAACUGGAAAUAAUGAAUUUUAUAUCAAUGAAUAUAAACGAGUAUGUUUAUGACAUUCAGUAUAAUCUCAUUUGGCCUAAUUUUCGGAAACCCUGUACCCGACUUUUUCAUUCAUACAGGAAACGAAAUUCUGGCCUGGUCGGUAUAGCAAUCAAUUUAAAGCGCCGUUGAUCAUUAUUAUGUUCAGCAUAGUGUUUUAAGAAUUAUACUUUGAACGUUAUGCAUGUAAUUUUGCUUGGCAAAUUAGAUUGAAUAAAUAACAAGCAAAGUAGAAUGACUUUAAUAUUCUGCGCAAUUAUAAGUUACCACUUUUUAUCAAUUAUUUCAUAAACAGGUAUUCAGUGGAAAUAGUGACCAGCAAUCUAUCGUUACAAAUUCUUUUUCUCCUGCAAUAACUGCGCGUUAUAUUCGUAUACAACCAAGAUCUUGGCAUGGUUAUAUAUCCAUGAGAUUUGAAGUUUAUGGCUGUUAUAAAGGUAAACGGUUCAACAUUAAGUUUGUCGUAAUUAUAGCUAGUGCUUACUAGAAUGUGAUUGGUCUUUUUCUUGGCACUUGCAUGGAUUUAGAAAAACGCUAUAUAAAGAUAAAUGAAUGAAUCUUAUUACCGUGGGCAAUAAGUGAAAAUAUCAGUGUUGCCCGCUCGGACCGGCAAUAUUAAAAAAAAUUACAAAAUGGAGUCGAAAGUUUAGAAGUAACGUUUCUCUAGUUUAAGAAGAAAUAGAAACGUUUCGAGAUUAUAGGCCCUUCGUCAGGAAGUCAGUGAAAAUCUAUAUUCAAAAAUCAAGAUAAAAUGCUACCGAAACACUUAUCAGCACGUUCUUAAAUUGUUAGAAUAUGUACAAUACAUGUUUGUAAUAAUUGUCAUUUAUAUCUCGAAUUGCUGACAGCCAAUUCUUAUAUAUGCGUAUCACUGAUUACACUUGACGGUUGACAAAACAUAGAAUUGUGACGUAAACGAUAAAAUAUUAGUCAGUGAGAAAUAUAACACAAUUAAUAUCAAUGGCUAAUCUCAUUGUGACUCGUCUUCCAUUUUCAACAUGAAAGUACACAUUAAAUUUGAUCUACUUUAGCGACGUAUUUUUUUCUAACACUUCAACUAUAUUUAUUAUUUAUUUAACAAAUUCCUGGUUUCUGAUUGGCUAACGGCCAACUGUGAAAUUGUCAUAACCCAAUGGCUAACAAAAUAUGGAUUUUUCACAUUCAUAAUAGCAAAAUGACGUCAAAGAGUCAAUAUGAAAAAAAUUUGGGCGCGUUUGCGCCACAUUACUAUGACGACGAAACCAUAUUGACUCGCUGACGCCAUUGAUAUGACGACGACGACGGCUGCCGAAGGAUUAGGGAAUUGUUUUUUUCUUAAUACAGAUCAAAAUACAAAUGUCUUCCGAUUGUUUUAAAUUUUUUAAAUAAAUAAUAAAACAAUUACUGAAUUCGGUUUUCGCACAAUAUGAAGAAUUAUCAAGCCCUCAGUUUGCCGUUAUCAACCUCAGCCUUCGGCUUCGGUUGAUAACGGCAAACUUCUGGCUUGAUAAUUCUUCAUAUCGUGCUCAACCUCAUUCAAUAAUUGUCAAAUAUUGCCGCUAGUCACCUAUAAAGUUACGGGAUAUUGAAUAAUGAUCAGAACAAAGUAUUUCGUAUUGCACAUUGCAUUAAUUAGGACGAAAAAGGGAUGUGUGACGUACACAUGUUACGCGAAAGAGAUAUGAUAUGUACCUACAAUUAAUUAACUUAUAGCUUCAAUGGUUAAGCUUUCGUGCAAUAGUGCCAUCAUCAUCGAAUGACAAAAAAAACUUGAAUAUUUGCACAGGCGAACAGGCGCUAACGUCGCCUUUGCUUCGGACUAUCAAUUGCGAUAUAGCCUACUUUUAUCAUUCAUAUAUUAUGCAAUGACAAAUUAAAAUAAUCCGCAACAAGCCAUCCCAAGUUUACACUCCGGUGCGCGCUAACGAUGUUAAUUGCUUUAAUAGGGUAGCAGCAUCCUGGAGUUAAAAGAAAAAAGACAUGACCAGCGGGCUAGGCAUUAAAAUUUGAAAAAAUUUGGGGAAGCUACCCAAUGCAAGAGCUGAAAACCCCAGCUUUUUUUCUAUAAUAAUCUUAUUUGUUUAAUAUAAUUUACAGAUUAAUGCCUUUGCAUUUUUUAACAUGACAUGGGAUUAUAUCUAAACCUCGUAUUGUGGCAUUGUGCAAAUGCUUGGGGGUAUAGGUUGUUCACCUUGGGGAGACAAUUACACUGAAACACCGCAACUUUGCUCUCUUCGUUCAAAUGAAGACGAACAUGAUACGCACGUGAUUGAAGUGAUUCUCAAACGAAACAAAAGACGUUUUCUAUAGCAUUUAACUAUAUAAACUAUAUAGUUGAUAUAUUUAGCAAUUAUACCAUGAUCUCGAGUGGUAUAUGAGCUGAUAGCCGACGAGGUUCGUAACACCGAGUCGGCUAUCAGCCAUAUACGACGAGAGCGAAUGGUAUAAUUGUUUUAUAAUAGUUUAAUAGCCAUUAACUGAAGCAAUAAUUCAUUAUCCUCUGUUGCAAUGUCUUGACAAUUUGUUCGGCCAAAAACCGCUUGACCUUGAAGAAAUGGUUUUAGAACCGAACCGGUAUAUCUCACAGAAAAGCUCAGAUAUAUUAUACAGAUGUUUGGUAGUAUAGUAAGUGCUUGUUGACUGCAAAUUCAUUUGUCUUUCGUUGCAAAGUUUUCUGAACAAUUUAUAUUCUCAAUGAACAUGUUUUUUUCGCUGUUGUUUCGGUAUUAAUUCUUUAAAAAACUUGUAUUUAAACUAAUUUCUACGUAAUAAAUGUAUUUUGCUAACCUGUCAAAUUUUUUUGAGAGCUUUUCCUUGUACUAGUAUCUUUCUCAAAGCGAAUAUUUUCCUUUUUUCUGCUUCGCAAAACACAUGUAGUUUUUGAACCGCCAUCUUGUUUUUCGCUCCUCGCCGUAUAUGAGCUAAUAUACGGCGAGUAAUUCAACCAAUCAGAUUGCAGAAUAGCUCAUAUACGGUGAAUGACUAUAUUAUAAUUUUAAUUAAAUAUGUGUAAAGCGUGCGCUUCAAAUUUGUACACAUUAAACAUAUGUACCUUUUUAAACUUGUUCUAGUUGUGCCAGUCUUCAAAAGCUCGCAGACUAGGGAAAUUAUGCAAGAUGUAACUAUACGAAAUGCAUAUUUAGAUUCGAAUUAGGAGUGCAAAGAAGUCCAAGACCAAUUAAUAAACUUGAACAGUUUUUUCUUUAUUUUGAAGGAGGAAAAACAAAGACGCCUGAUCGAAUAAAAAUAUAAAUAUGGGUGGAGUACGCACAAGAAACAUAUAUCAGGGGCGGCGGCAUAACCGUUUCGUCGUCUGUGCUCUAGUGCGCGCCCUCUUCCAUAUAUAUAUAUAUAUAUAUAUAUGUGCAGUAUAUCUGUAUAUGAGCUCCCUGAUUUCAGUGAAAGCAUUAAUUACAUGCAAGCCAAUAUUAUAACAUAUUGACUUUUAUUCCUCAGCAAUUACUUGCUCAAUUUUCAGCAAAGAGUUGUUUUGACCAUUAUAAGUCAGGAAACAAGAUUAACGACAUCUAUCAAAUCUAUCCCGAUGGCCACGGAAAUUUCGCUGUAAUGUGUGAUAUGAAUGGUGGGGGAUGGACAGUGUUUCAACAUCGCUAUGACGGAUCCGUUGACUUCUAUCUUGGAUGGACAGGAUACAAGGAAGGAUUUGGUCAUUUGUCUGGCGAGUUCUGGCUUGGAUUGGACAAGCUUCAUCGCAUUACAACCAGUGGAAAAUACAAACUUCGAAUCGACCUUGAAGAUUUUGAAGGAAACGAGAGAUUUGCUGAAUACAGUUCUUUUGAAGUUGGAAACGAACAAGAUGGGUUUCGAUUGAGUAUUGGUGCAUUUUCAG